AGUGAGAGAGGGACUCACUGAAAUCCUUGUAGAGGGAGGAAGAGAGCUUCUGAUGACACCAACUUUACUUUGUGUGAAAGCUGGAAGGAUGGAUUUGGAUUUGUACACAACUGAACCGAGGAGGCUGGAUGAUUUCAUUAAACAAAACCUGGAGCCGAAUGAAUUUAAUAUUGAAGUGAGAAAUGCAGUACACAGAAUCUGUGAUUUUUUAAAGAACCGAUGUUUUAUCAAACAACCGGGGAUCAAAGUUAUCAGAGCCGUCAAAGGAGGGUCUUCAGGAAAAGGAACGGCUUUAAGGAACGGUUCAGAUGCAGAUCUUGUUGUCUUCCUCAACUGUUUCCAGAGUUUUGAGGAGCAGAGAAACACGAGGCAGGACAUUCUUGAAGGAAUUCAACAAGUACUGACAGAGUGUGCAUCAAGCAUUGCCAAUAAGAUUAAUGACAUCAACAUAACUUUUGUACCGAACAGCAAUGUCCCACCAAAAUCAUUGAACUUUGCUCUAAAAUCAAAGAAGAAAAACUCAAACAGUGUGGAAUUUGAUAUUUUGCCAGCCUUUGAUGCACUGGACGAAUUAAAAAAUGGAAAUACAGCCCAUCUCAAGCUAAUGAAAUUCGUAAGUGAAAAUGGUGAUCCGUGUGGUGAAUUUUCUGCCUGUUUUACUGAGCUUCAGAAGAAUUUUGUGAAGCAACGUGAUGCAAAACUUAAAGACUUGAUUCGCCUGUUAAAAUAUUGGUACAAAGAGUGUGUCAAGCCACGGAAAUCUGAGUUGGCUCCUGGCCAACGCCUGCCUGCUAAGUAUGCGGUGGAGCUGCUGACUAUCUACGCCUGGGAGCAAGGCAACGGGACCAAGAGAUUUGACACUGCUGAAGGUUUCCGGACAGUCCUUGAGCUGAUCUGCAACUAUCAAAAUCUGCAUAUUUACUGGACCAACUACUACAAUGUCGACAAUCAAGACAUUGUAAAUUUUCUACGUAAGAAACUCCGUGGUCACAGACCAAUAAUCCUUGACCCGGCCGAUCCAACUAAUAAUGUGGCUUCGUCUGAUGGAUGGUACGUGAUGGUCAAGGAGGCCAUGAAAUGUCUCAGCUUUCCAUGUGUCUCUGGAGUCCAAGCAUGGAGCAUCCAGCCAGUGGCACAGUUUGAAAUCACUGUGAUUAGCCUGAAUGGUUCCUCAUUACCCCUGAUGGCCAACAUUGACACCAACAUCUUAAUGAUCAAGAAUCAAAUCCAGCAAAACUGGAGCAUUCCAGUUCACCAACAACGCCUGAUGUUCAAUGAAACCAUUCUGAAUGGUGGCAAAUUAUUGGAUUCUGGAAUAUUCUUUGAUGCAAAGCUCCACCUACUUGUGACAAACUCAAUGGAGAUAUUUGUAAGGCACCCAAAUGGACGUAACCUGGAAAUUAAUGUGUCCCCGACUGACAAGGUUUUGAGCCUGAAGAAUAAGAUCCAAAAUCUGGAGCGCAUUUCUCCAAGCCAAUAUUACCUGACCUUUCAAUCACAAACACUAGAAGAUAGCCACACGCUGGAAUACUACGGCAUUGAUCAACAUUGUACCAUUGACAUCAACUUGCGUCUCCGUGGGGCGGUACUUUCCCGGGGUUGGUCCAGGAGGGAAACUGCUGGGAAAUUGAAACCCUCUGGUGUGGAAGUUGGGAGAAUGGAUUUAUACAGAAUUGAACCGUCCCAGUUGGAUGAUUUCAUUCAAAAAAAUCUGAAGCCGAUUAAAUUUUUCGAGGACGUGAAAAACGCAGUUCGUAGAAUAUCUUAUUUAUUAAGGAAUCAAUGUUUUAGAAAUCAACCUGAGGUCGAAGUUAUCAGAGCCGUUAAAGGAGGGUCUUCAGGCAAAGGAACAGCUUUAAGAAAUGGUUCGGAUGCAGAUCUUGUUGUCUUCCUCAGCUGUUUCCAGAGUUUCCAGGAGCAAAGAAAUACAAGGCAGGAAAUUCUACAAGAAAUUCAGGACAUUCUGGAGCGGUGUGCAUCGAGUAUUGCCUUUAAAAUCAGUGAUAUCAGCAUAAGUUUCACAAAGAACAGCAACAUCCCUCCAAAGUCUUUGAGCUUUGCAGUAAAAUCAAAGAAAAAUUCGAGGAGUGUGAAUUUUGAUGUUUUGCCAGUCUUUGAUGUAUUAAAGGGGUCAAAUGAUGCAAAUGAAGCCCAUCUCAAGCUAAUGGAAUUUGUAAGUGAACAUGGCGAUCCAUGUGGGGAAUUUUCUGCCUGUUUUACUGAGCUUCAGAGGAAAUUUGUGAAGCAACGUGAUGAGAAACUUAAAGACUUGAUUCGCCUGCUAAAAUAUUGGUACAACGAGUAUGUCAAGCCACGGAAAUCUGAGCUGGCUCCUGGUCAACGUCUGCCUGCUAAGUAUGCGGUGGAGCUGCUGACCAUCUAUGCUUGGGAGCAAGGCAACUGGACUGAGAGAUUUGUCACUGCUGAAGGUUUCCAGACAGUCCUUGAUCUGAUCUGCAACUAUCAAAAUCUGCACAUUUACUGGACCAACUACUACAAUGUCGACAAUCCAGUCAUUGCAGACUUUCUAUGUAAGAAACUCUGUGGCCCCAGGCCAAUAAUUCUUGACCCAGCCGAUCCAACUAAUAAUGUGGCUUCAUCUGCUGGAUGGCAUGUGAUGGUCAAGGAAGCGGUGAAAUGGCUACAUUCUCAAUGUGUCUAUGGAAUCAGAGCAUCUGAGGUCCAGCCAGUGGCACAGUUUAAAAUCACUGUGAUUAGCCUGAAUGGCUCCUCAUUACCCCUGAUGGCCAACAUUGACACCAACAUCUCAAUGAUCAAGAAUCAAAUCCAGCAAAACUGGAGCAUUCCAGUUCACCAACAACACCUGAUGUUCAAUGAAACCAUCCUGAAUGGUGGCAAAACCUUAUUGGAUUCUGGAAUAUUCUUUGAUGCAAAGCUCCACCUACUUGUGACAACCUCAAUGGAGAUAUUUGUAAGGCACCCAAAUGGACGUAACCUGGAAAUUAAUGUGUCCCCAACUGACAAGGUUUUGAGCCUGAAGAAUAAGAUCCAAAAUCUGGAGCGCAUUUCUCCAAGCCAAUAUUACCUGACCUUUCAAUCACGAACACUAGAAGAUAGCCACACACUGGAAUACUACGGCAUUGAUCAACAUUGUACCAUUGACAUCAACUUGCGUCUCCGUGGGGGCAAGACAAGUGCAGAGUACAUCAUAUUCAUGACUUGUGCCUUUUUGAUGGGUUUGGAAAGACUGGAGAGGAUGGAUCUAUAUGAGACAAUUCCAAAACAUCUGGAUACGUUUAUUUUUCGUGAGCUUCGCCCUGACCAACAGUUUCAGAAUCAGGUAGCCGUGGCGAUUGACAGGAUCUGCAGUUUUUUAAAAGAGCGAUGUUUCUAUGGUUACAGAUCCAUAAAAAUCAUUAAAACAGUGAAGGGCGGCUCCUCUGGAAAAGGGACAACUUUAAAAAAUCGCUCGGAUGCAGAUCUGGUUGUCUUCAUCAGCCAGUUCAAAAAUUUUCAGGACCAGAAGAAAAACCGGGGUAAAAUCCUGAAAAUAAUUUGGAAGGUGCUGAAUGAGAUCUGGGAAGAAAUUGCUUUCGAUAUCAAUAUGACAGAGCCCCGAAUGAUUACGUUACCAUCUGGCUUGACCUCAUCGCCUCGCUCCCUGAGUUUCAGUUUUCAAUCCACUGAGGUGUCUGAUUCUGUGGAGGUCGAUGUUCUCCCAGCAUUCGAUGCUUUGGGUCAGCAUGCACAAACCCGUCCAAAUGCCCAGGUUUAUGUGAACCUGAUUAAGGCCGAGGGGUUAGGAGGAGAAUUCUCAACAUGUUUCACUGAACUUCAAAGAGACUUUGUAAAGUGCCGUCCAGUUAAACUGAAGGACCUGAUCCGCCUUGUGAAACACUGGUACAUAGAGUACGUCCGACCAUACAAAUGUCAACUACGUGGAGAGUUCCUGCCACCAAAGUAUGCCCUGGAGCUGCUGGUCAUCUAUGCGUGGGAAAGUGUGGGUGGGGGAGACCAGUUCAGUACGGCUGAAGGAUUCAGAACAGUAAUGGAAUUGAUUGUUAGAUACAGAGAGCUGUGGAUUUUCUGGACCACGAACUAUGACUUCGACAAUUGCUAUGUGGCCAAUUUCCUGAAAGAUAAACUUCAAGAACAAAGGCCAAUGAUACUCGACCCUGCAGAUCCAACAGGAAAUGUUGCUGGAAAUGCUCGAUGGGAUUUGGUUGCAAAGGAAGCUAAAAAUUGCUUAGAGCAAGUCUGUGCAUGGAACGUGGAACCUUGGAAAGUUGAGCCUGUAAAAGAUAUUCCAAUUUCAGUCAAGCUGGAGAAUACUUCAUACCACACAGAACAUUUCUCUAUGAAUCCUUUCUUACCCAUCCGGUAUAUAAAAGCAAAAUCCAAGUAUUUGACCAGCACCCCGAUGUCCAGUUGUUACCUGGAGUGGAAUGACCAGAUACUGAAUGAAGACCAGACUUUGUCUGAUUACGGAAUUUUUUAUAGUGUUACCAUCUUGCUGAAAGAGCAAACCAGCUGGUGUAGCUUAAUGUAACUAACCAAAAGGUGACCCGUCGUGAGUCUUGGAGAGGUUUGUAAAAAUACCACAGACAGCAAACAACUUUAUCAGACCAGUGUAACAAACCUUCUUACAAAAAUUGCAAUCUAAAUCCUUUUGCCUGAAUAUAGUUUCUGAUAAAUUGAACUCCCUGGAUGGAUUGGACAGAACGUUAUCGGAUGUGUUUUGGUGAGGUUUGGGGCAGUAUAAGGCAGCAGGGGUAGCAGCCCACCCAAGCUGACCCCCAUUAUACCGGCAAGUGGGUGGGUGCCAAAUCACAGCCUACCUGCCAUAUUGAAUUAAGAACAGGCAGUGGAGCUUAUUAAUACACUGCCAUUGGCAUGAUACAAUUGAUGUAGGCAGAAUGGGAAAUAUGUUGUUUGGAGAUCAGGUUGAAAAAGGGUGGAAAGGAAUGGAGGCUACAUCAUUGAGAAAAUGUCUCUCAAUUACAACAUCCCCUGACAAACACUCUCUCUCAUCCUAAUAUGCCACCCUCAUUUAUCACAACCUGCCCUUGACUCUGACCCCAUCUAACCCUCUCCCUGGGGUCUCAGAUCUCACCUUGUUUUGUCCACCCCCCCCCCCCCUCUCAAUAAUGCCCAUUGAUGAGACUGCUGUAGCAGUUGGCUAAUGAGAUUGGGUGACAUCUCUCAAGGGUAGGAUUUCCUCUGACACUGAGGGACAGACAUCCUACUGCGACGAUGCUGUCCUUUAAUAAGGUUAUGUUGUCCUUGGUUUUUUUUCGGAGAGGUCAUAAAAGACACGGUGUCCAAAAAGUCUAAGUUCAAGGGUUUUAGGGCCAGGUUGAUUAUAGCUAACAAAUAUUGUCUCAGGCAACAGGCUUUCAAGUUUUGGGGGAAAAAAAACACUUAUGCAAUGAAAGGCCAGUUUUCCCAGCUCAGUUUUUCUCUGGUGUGGUUUGGGUUUUUUUUAGCAGUAGUGUUGUGAAGCUGCUCGAUUCAGGAGAAGCAGGUCUAUGCUGACCCUCUGUCCCUGACUUCUCUCCUGUAAGACUCUGGGUUUGAUUUUACCUUUUGUGCCAAGGGGUGUUUAUGGGGACUGUAGCAAGUAUUUGGAACAGCAUCAUUAAGUUUGGAUGAUCUGUUGGAUUUUUGGGGAUGUUAAAUUAUCCUGUAUUCUGUUCUCUUUUGUUUGUGUUUCAUUCGGUAAUCUUGUAAAUAAAGUCUGUUUUGUUUAAAACUAAGUGGUUUGGCCAGCUGCAUCUCUCCUGGAAUAUCUACUCUAUACCUGGUUAAAGCAACUGGCAAAGUUAGGGUCUGGGCUACGUUCUUGAAUUGUUUUGAGGGGGUCUGGCCUGGUUCAUAAUACUACUCUCUCAAACAUUAUUCUUCUGUAAUUUCCAAUGCGUGAAUCAAAGAAUAAAACACUUGUUAAUUUAUUGGUACUGA